AUCAGUAGACAGUGACAGGUGACAGAUCAGCUGGAAAUAACAAACUGUCACUACAUGUAGGAUAGUUUGGUAAUUUCGUCAUCUGUAGACGAAUUUAAUAUGAAAAAAUUACUGCAAUAUCACAUAUUAAAAUCGUAUAAAGUUCUGAGAAAGUUACAGUGAAUUUUCUGCCAAUGUGUUCAUAGUAUAGGUAAAAUUCUCAACUUAGAAUCUCAAAUAAUUAUUGUUAAGAGUAAAGAUUUUAUUGCAAUUAAUAACUUAUUUGAUAUACUACAAUAAUUCAUACGUGAUGGCGGAUAUUACAAGGUUGUAGCUCACCAUUGCAACUUGUUCUCACUGCAGAGCACCUGGGCCUUCCUGUAGGUGGGGACGGAUGGCGGCCGGCGCGCCGCUCGCCUCGCGCUGCCGCCAGGAAUGACGCUACCAGCCCGAGCGCACGAGGACAAGGAAUACUCCCCGUGCCUGGGCGACGGAGACGGCGCCGACCGAGUCGAGAUGUUCGGCGUCAAGCGGCGCGUCGCGCUGGACGCGCUCAUGGCGUGCUGGGGGCUGGGCACGUGGCUCGGCGUCAACGGGCUGUACGUGCAGCUGCCGCUGCUGGUGGAGCGCCUGCCCGAGGGCUGGGCGCUGCCCUCCUCCAUGACCGUGGCCAUCGCCGCCGCCAACGUCGGCCUGCUGCUGUACGCGCUGCUGCGGCGCGCGCGCGUGCCCGACUCCGCCUGCAUCCACGCGCUGCUGCUCGUGGGGCUGGCCGCGCUCGUGCUCAACGCCUUCCUCUACGCCGAGACCGCCACCGUGCGCGGCGGCGAGCGCUCCGUCGCCUUCCUCGCGCUCACCUUCUGCACCGGGCUCGUCGGCUGCACCAGCUCGGUGCUGUUCUACCCGUAUCUGAGACACUUCCGGGACAUAUACCUGACGACGUACCUCGUGGGGGAGGGCCUCAGCGGCUUCGUCCCGAGCGUGCUGGCGCUGAUCCAGGGCGUGGGCGGGGAGCCCGACUGCGUGCCGUCGGCGGACAACGCGACGCUGGUGGCCGUGUACCCGCCGCCGCGCUUCGGCACCACGGCCUUCGUCCUGAUGCUGGCCGCGCUGGCCGCGCUCAGCCUCGUCAGCUUCGCGCUCGUGGACCGCUGGCCCGCCUUCAGCGANUUCGGCGCCGAGCGCGUGGCGCCCGCGGCCGUGGCCAAGGACGACGAGGCGGAGACGCGGCGCGAGUCGCUGCUGACGCCGCGCUGGCUGGGCGUGCUGGCGCUGAUGGCGGCGCUCAACGCGCUCAUGAACGGCGUGCUGCCGUCCGUGCAGUCGUACUCGUGCAUGCCGUACGGCGCGCAGACGUACCACCUGGCGGUGACGCUGAGCACCAUGGCCAACCCGCUGGCGUGCCUGGCGGGCGUGUGGCUGCGCCCGCUGCCGGCCGCCGCGCUGGGCGCCGCGCUGGCCGCCGCCGCGCUGCCGCUCGCCUACAUCCUGGCCACGGCGCUGCUCAGUCCGGCGCCGCCGCUGCUCAACACGGCUGGCGGAGAAUUUCUUAUUGUGGCGUCGUGGGUGGCGGCGCUGGGCGUGGUGUCGUACGCGCGCAUGUGGGUGUACGGCUGGGCGCGGCGCGGCGGCGCGCGGGGCAUGCGCGCGGUGGGCGCGGCCACGCAGGCGGGCUCCACGGCCGGCUCCGUGGCGCUGUUCGCCGUCGUCAACUACACCGGCGCCUUCACGCAGGCCCCCGCCUGCCCGCCGGCCCCGAUGUAGUGCCCGAACUCGCGAGAGGCUCCAAUUAGUGAGUGUACACAAAUUAUACAUUGGACUUUAUUUCACAGUGUUCGCUCUAAGGCCGCCAAUACACGGACCGCUUGAAGCGGUCAGGGUCGGCAGCUUCAAGCUGCGACUGCACAGUGAACUGCAGAGUUCUAUGAACGCACUUACACGAACCGCUCGAGCGGUUGCAACUGAUUCGGGCGGUCGACAGCACGGUGAAUUUCCAUCGUGCGUGCCAUCAAGCAGUCGCCAGCCAUACACUGACUGCUCGAGCUGUCGACAGCUCUCGCGCAGUUACCUCGGCCCACUUUCUUCAUUCCACGGCGCGCGCGCUUGUGAUUUGUUGAGCAGUUAAUACCAACUGCUGUUGACUCUUGACUACAAGAGUGGUCCGUGUAUGUUGAUCAUUGACUAACUGCUCGAGCUGUCCGUGUAUAGCGGGCCUAAGAUUCAGUAUUUCUUAAUCGGACACCUAUUUUUUAACUGAUGAAUAAAAUAGACAUAUUAGUUAGAUUCUGACCUUGUCAAGGUAUCGAUAGAGGUUUGAGGCGUUUUUCGAACACUUUAUCGAGUCUUCAAUUAUUCUCAUGUUUCUUUUACUCGAUCCUUAAGAUCUUAUCAGAUUGUUUGGUUAUCAAAGUUUUGUAAUUGGUUCCUUAUUGCAUUGUAUUAACUGAGCAUGUGUGCGGUGCGGGUAGUUUGGAAGCUAUCGCAGUUAUAUGUAUAGAAGAACUGGUUUAUGACGGGUGCUGUUGUGUUGAAGGAGAGAGUAGUGAGUACUUAAUUGCACGUUUGGUUGCAUGACAUAGCACUCAGAUGCUUGACCAAAAAGACUAUUUAUUGUUAAAGAAAUAUAGAGACUGUUGAAUUUA